GGAAACCAAUGAAUUCAGACAUACUAUCGUCUUCUCCGUUUCUCGACUCCUCCCUACCAUCUCUGUUCUCAAUAACAGUUAACCACUGCACAGUAAACCCUAGCUCGCUCAGUAUCCUGUAUCACUUUUAAUUCCGUAAUAUAAAUAUAAUUUAAACUAGUAAAAUGGAUAUGGACGCCGAGGAUUUCGUUUUAUACGGCACGCCGAUCGAGCGAGAGGAGGAUCUUAUUAGCCGUAAGAAGAAAGCCGUUGCUGAAGCCUCCGGUCAUCUCCGAACUUUAGUCCCGUGGAAGCAGGAGGUUAGAGAUGAAGAAGGAAGAAGAAGAUUUCAUGGAGCUUUUACCGGUGGAUUUUCAGCUGGUUACUAUAAUACUGCUGGCUCUAAGGAAGGUUGGGCUCCUCAGUCAUUUACGUCGUCGCGGAAAAGCAGAGCUGAAGUUAAACAACAAAGCAUUCUUAAUUUUUUGGAUGACGAUGAGAAAGAAGAAUUCGAAGGCCGGUCCUUGGGCACAUCAUCACAGUUUGAUACAUUUGGCUUUACAGCUGCUGAAUGCGCUCGUAAACAAGCUGAGAAAGAACAGCAACAGAGACCAUCAGCUAUUCCUGGACCUGUUCCUGAUGAAAUAUUUCUUCCAGCCACAGAGUCAAUUGGUGUAAAAUUGCUGCUGAAGAUGGGUUGGAGACACGGUCAUUCAAUCAAGGAUUCUCGUUCAAAUUCACUAUAUGAUGCUCGAAGAGAAGCUAGAAAAGCUCUCUUAGCAUUAUCUUCUGAGGAUGCUAAUAAGCACCGCAUUGAGUCUCAGCCUGGUGAGGAUGACCUCGGAGGCUUGGAGCUGUCUCUAGAUAAUGAUGUUCAGACUUCUCAAAGCACGCCUGUUUUUGUACUCAACCCGAAGCAGGAUUUGUAUGGUUUAGGAUUUGAUCCAUACAAGCAUGCUCCUGAGUUCAGAGAGAAGAAAAGAGCACGUGGAUCUGAUAAUAGAGGUCGUGGGAAUAGUAAAGAUUUAUUUAAAAAAGAUGAUCUCUUUGGUUUCAAAUCAGGAAAGACUGCUCCUGGGUUUGGCAUUGGGGCACUAGAAGAAUAUGAUGCUGAAGAUGAGGAUGUCUAUGCAACUGCUUAUGACUUUGAAGAAAGUUAUGUCCAAGAAAUCGAAGAGCCAAAAAAAUCUAGCAUAGAAGAUAAGAAAAAAUUGAUAUGGAAGGAGCAAGGUGUUCUGCCUGGAUUUAGGCCCGCAGCAAAUUCUGAAUAUCAGUUGGAAAGAUUUGAUCCUCCGGUAAUUCCAAAGGAUUUUGUGCCCCAUCAUAAAUUUUCUGGUCCUCUUGAAGCUGUUGACAAGCACACAGUUCCUCCUCCGCUUGAUGUUCCUCCCGAUGACAAUAAUUUGAAACUUCUAAUUGAUGGAGUUGCAACCUUAGUCGCUCGAUGUGGUAAACUAUUUGAGGACCUUUCUAGAGAGAAAAAUCAAUCAAAUCCAUUGUUCAGUUUUCUUAAUGGAGGAGAUGGCCACAAAUAUUAUACUAGGAAGUUGUGGGAGGAGCGCCAGAAACGUAAUGAUCAGAAGACUCUUGCUUUAGAUGGGAAAUCAUCUUCAAGUGCACAGAAGAUGACUGCCGAAAGGCGUGCAGAAAUUUUAGGGGAAAGGCCUUUAGAAAGAAGCACGAAGGAUGAUAAGCCAUCUACUUCUUCUGCUGAUGUUAAUAAUAAGCCAUCUACUUCUUCUGCUGAUGUUAAUCUUCAGUUUAAUCUUUCAGAUACAUUCACACAGUCUGCUUCAUUUGGUGAGUCACUUGAAGUAACAAAACCUUUCAAAGAUGACCCUUCAAAGCAAGAGAGAUAUGAGCAGUUUCUCAAGGAGAAGUACCAAGGAGGGCUCCGUUCUAUGGACACUGUUGGAGUAAGUAAUAUGUCAGACGCAGCUCGUGCACGUGAGAGAUUGGACUUUGAGGCUGCAGCUGAGGCAAUAGAAAAAGGAAAGCGGAACAAGGAGACCAAACUCUCAGUACAGCAGUUUAUGGAGUUUUCUAUUGGCGGGAUGCAGUUUACUUCUGGAAUGGAGCAAGCUAAAGAUGCUCGUGCUGAAGAUUUAUUGAUGAAAGGAAAUUACCCCAGAAGAGAAGAAUUCCAAUGGCGUCCUUCACCUAUUUUGUGCAAGCGCUUUGAUCUAAUUGAUCCUUUUAUGGGGAAGCCACCACCACCUCCAAAGAUUAGAAGCAAGUUGGAUACCUUGAUUUUCACAUCAGAUUCUGUCAAAGCCACAACAUUGAAAGAAAAUGGAGAUCAUAUUUCAUUUCUUCAAUCCAACACUCAAGAAAUUAGGAAAGAUGUAGCUGACAGUGAAAAGGAAGUCGAGAUAGUAGAAGUUGAAAAUGUCGAGAGGCCAGUUGACCUUUACAAGGCUAUUUUUUCUGAUGAUUCGGAUGAUGAGGUUGAAGUGUCUACUGUUAAUAAAGGAGGGGAUCCAGAGAAAAAAGUUGAAGUGGCUCAUACAGCAUUAAAUCGCUUGAUAGCAGGUGACUUUUUAGAAUCAUUGGGCAAAGAGCUAGGUCUAGAGGUUCCCCCAGAUCUUCCCUACUCAAUCAAUAAAACUGAGGCUUCUACUUCCAAAAAAGAUGCUGCCAUUGCUAAUACCAGGGAUGCAGAAAUCAUGUCAGUUGAAAAUAAGUCGUCCCUAAUGAAUGAAUCAAUUCAUGUUAACCAACCGAGUACUAGUAGCAAACAAAUGGAUCCGGUUCUGCCUAAUAGGAAAUCUGGUAAAUUAGAUAUAGAAAAGACAGCUUCAAAGAUUACGAAAGCGGAAUCUCCCCGUGGUCACCACCGGAUUCAUAGAAGCAGUUCGUCAGAGGAGGAAAAGUGCAGGAAGCAUUCAAGGAGGAGUCGACAUCGAUAUAGUAGUAGCGAUUCAUAUAGCUAUUCAUCAGAUGAUGAGCGAAGUCGGCAUCAGUCUAGGUCAAAAGGAAGGAAGAAAGGGUCUCGUCGAGAAAGGAAAAGUAGCAGUAGAAAGCAUGAUAGGCGCAGGAGAGAUUCUCCCGAUUCUGAAAGACAGCACGCAGGAUCCAAGAGAGACAAGAGAAAACGAAACAAUUGAGUUUCCUUAUGGAAAACUAGUUAUAAGGUAUCUUGUAAGAGAUUGGGCAGCACGUGUUCUUGGUUGCAGGAGAUACAAAUUUUGUUUCGUUAAUCAUUGCACUAUCAUGAUGGAAGUCUAAACAAAGCCUUGAUUCAAGAAUGAAAAAGGGACUAGAAAGAGAUCCAUACGAAAAGUAAUUUGGGAUUUACAAAAGUUCUUAGGUGCUGCUUUAUGUUCAUAGUCAUGCCACACGAAAAAAAUAACGUUUCGUUGUUAUAGUCAUGGGAGAUCAUCCUUGGAUAAAAAUUGAUAUCUAAAAUCUUGCAUGCGAGGAUGCAUGUGAUGUGGUUGUUAAUUUACUUCUUGAAUUUACACCUAACUAAAACUAAUUAGUUCAUAAACGUGUCAAUUUUUAUUAAUUAGAUUAAAUGUAUUAAUUUGGAAAUUUUAGGGAUUAAUCGAUUAGUAAUUUGGAGUAAAUGAUGAAGCAAUUAUUUUGAUGUAGUUGUAUAUUGUAUAAAUUUUGGGGCAUUUAAUAUAUUGAGUUAGCUAUAAAUAAGUUCUUGAUUUUUAUAUUAAAUUACAUUUCUUUA